AUGACAUGUGGUUCAGUAUUAAAAUUAAAAAAUAUGGGAGAAGAUGUUAGGUUACAUUCUCAUGAUGUAAAAUAUGGAUCAGGAAGUGGACAACAAAGUGUUACUGGUACACCAUCUCAAGAUGAUGUCAAUUCACAUUGGCAGGUUCUUGGAACAUUAAAUGAAAUAUGUUCUAGAGGAAAACCAAUAAAAUGUGGACAAAAAAUACGUUUAUAUCAUUUAAGUACACAAUGCUUUUUACAUUCACAUGAUAUUGCAUCUCCAUUGUCAAAACAAAAUGAAGUUUCAUGUUAUGGUAAAGAUGGAACAGGUGAUUCUGGAGACAAUUGGGAAGUAAUAUGUGAUGAUGAAUAUUGGGAAAGAGAUUCAGAAAUAUCAUUAAAACAUGUUGAUACGGGUAGAUAUCUUCUAAAUUCAGGUAAUCAAUUUGGAAGGCCAAUUCAAGGUCAACGUGAAAUUGUUGGAGCACGAUCUAUUAAUAGAAAUGGUAGAUGGAUUACAGCAGAAGGUGUUUAUAUGGGACAAUCUAAGACAGAUGAUAAAACAAAGGAUGAAUUUAGUGUAUUUAUUUCUUCACUAGAUAUGAAUCAUCUUGCCCUAUGA